GCAUCACACUCGCUGUGUCCGUGAAGCCCCAUCGAACCCCGUCACUGCCUAAAAGUGCAUUCGACCGACUGACUUUCCUGUCCCUCAUUCCUUAUUUGACCUCUAGUUUGAGGCUUCUACCUCAAACUAGAAGCCAAAGUGGCGUUCCGUCUGGUCCCCCGAAUUCUUCGCCUCUUAGCUUUCCACGGCCCCAUUCUCCGACGAUCUGCGAUGGCACCGAAACAAGCAACAUUAGGGUACGUCAGGUCAUCACAGACGACUUUGGGCAAAUUCUUCGGCCAAAAUGGCUCUAAGCCGGAGCCGCGUCAAAGCAAAUUGAGCUUCUCCACCAAGAGCGACUCGAAGAAAGACGACAAGUCGAACACCGCCUCAAGACAGAACGGUGGACCGUCUCUUUCCAGCGCGAAAGAGAAGGAGGAGCCUAGGAAAUCGAAGAAGCGCGCGCAUGAUGAUUUGGAGCAAGGUGCGGGUGACUCCAAGGGUAGUGUCAAGGUUGAGAAACGCGAGGCUAUCGACGACGACGAUGAUGUCCCCGUUGCGAAACGUGCUCGACGAGCCCGCAAUCGAAUCGAGGACGAUGAAGACGAGGUCAUGCAGGACUCACCGGGUCCCGUAUUGAACGCCUGCAAGAAAGAGGAAAAGAAACAAGUUUCAAGACGCAAAUCGCCAUCCCCUGCCCCUUCUCCACCCAUCAAGGAGGAGACGGGGGACGAUGUCGAAUCUGCGGCGUCAGCCGAAGUCGAGGAUGAUCUCGCCGCCUCGUCAUCCACAGAAUCCGAAAUCGAAGACGGCGCCGAGGAAGCUCCGCAGAAGAAGGGGAAGAAGGCAAAGGGAAAGGAUGUAAAGUCCACCGCCAGAGCACUGGGAGAAAUCACCGCCAAAUCGAAAGAUCCAUACCCCGACUGGAAGAAAGGAGACCCAGUCCCUUAUGCUGCGCUCUGCAAAACCUUCUCCCUGAUCGAACUCACCACCAAGCGACUCGAGAUUAUGGCCCACUGCUCCAAGUUCCUCCGACAAGUUCUGCGCCUGACGCCGGACGAUCUGCUCCCCACCGUACUUCUCAUGAUCAACAAACUUGCCCCUGACUACGCCGGCAUCGAGCUCGGCAUUGGCGAGUCCCUCAUUAUGAAAGCCAUCGGAGAGACGACCGGUAGGUCGCUGCAAAUCAUAAAACAAGACCAGAAGGAAAUUGGAGACCUCGGCCUCGUUGCCGUCAAGAGCAGGUCAACUCAGCCGACCAUGUUCAAGCCGAAACCCCUUACCGUUAGAGGGGUGCAUAAGGGGCUGAUGGGCGUCGCAACCGUCAUGGGGAACGGUGCCCAGGGCCGGAAGGUCGACGGGAUCAAGAAGCUGCUCUCCGCUGCUGACUCCAAUUCCACCGGCAAGGUCGACAUCACCAAAGACAAGGGCGGCCCUAGUGAGGCCAAGUACUUGAUUCGUUUCCUCGAAGGCAAACUUAGACUGGGCCUUGCCGAGAGGACUGUUCUCGUAUCUUUGGCGCAAGCGGUGGUGAACCACGAGGCUGCCCUGAAGGGACAGGCCGCGAGUCCUUCGGACGUUGAGAAGGCCGAGGCCAUGCUCAAGACCGUAUACAGUGAGCUUCCAAGUUACGACGUCAUCAUUCCCACCAUGGUCGAGCAUGGCAUCAUGAACCUCAGAGACCAUUGCAAGUUGAAACCCGGUGUUCCCCUCAAGCCCAUGUUGGCCAAGCCAACCAAGGCCAUCACGGAAGUGCUGGAUCGCUUCGAAAACCAAACUUUUACUUGCGAGUACAAGUACGACGGCGAACGAGCCCAGAUACACUACGUUGCCAAAACCGCCGACGAGGAGCUCAGUCAAUCGUUGCCCGGGGCGACCAAGGAAGCGGGCGAUGGAGUCGCCAACAUCUUCUCCCGGAACUCGGAAGACCUGUCGAAGAAGUAUCCGGACAUCCUGGCCAAGCUGCACACCUGGGUCAAGCACGACACGCAGAGCUUUGUUCUGGACUGCGAGACGGUGGCGUGGGAUAUGACCGAGAAGAAGGUCCUGCCUUUCCAACAGCUCAUGACGCGCAAGCGAAAGGAUGUCAAGGUCGAGGACGUCAAGGUCAAGGUGUGCGUGUUUGCCUUUGACCUCCUCUAUCUCAACGGAGUGCCGCUGGUGAAGAAGUCGCUCCGGGAACGGCGCGAGUUGUUGACUCGGGCUUUCGUUCCUGUCGAGGGGGAGUUUGCCCUUGCCACGCAUAUGAAUGGUCAGGAGCUCGAGCAGAUCCAGGAGUUCCUGGACGAGAGUGUCAAGGCUUCGUGUGAGGGUCUCAUGGUGAAGAUGCUGGAUGGCGAUGAGAGCGGGUACGAACCCAGCAAGCGCAGUCGGAAUUGGCUCAAGAUCAAGAAAGACUACCUCUCGGGCGUAGGCGACUCCCUCGAUCUAGUCGUCUUGGGCGCAUACCAUGGCAAGGGAAAGCGUACAUCAGUCUAUGGCGCCUUUCUGCUCGCCUGCUACAACCCUUCAUCCGAGACGUACGAAACGGUGUGCAACAUUGGCACGGGCUUCUCGGAAGCCGUCCUCGAGGAACUCCACAAGCAGUUGUCCGCCAUCGUCAUCGACAGGCCGAAGCCUUUCUACUCGCACUCCGCCGGCGGUCAGCACCAGCCCGACGUCUGGUUCGAGCCGCGCUUCGUCUGGGAGGUCAAGACGGCCGACCUGACGCUCAGCCCGCGCUACAAGGCGGGGUGCAAGGAAGGGGUCGACCCUUCGGGCGAGAAGGGCAUAUCCCUUCGGUUCCCGCGGUUCAUCAAGGUGCGCGACGACAAGAAGCCGGACGAGGCGACGAGUAGUCGGCAGGUUGCCGAGAUGUACCGUAAACAGGAGGCCGUGACGAAGAACAAGGGCCCUGCCGUGGAUGAUGACUUUGAGUACUGAGUAACUGGUUAGAAAUCAUCAACCGCGGGGAGGGGAGGUCGGGUUCCCGAGUUAUAUAAGUGGCAAAAGCAGGCCGGUCGGUGCUCUUUCGCAGCCUUUCCGUCAGUGUAUUUAUUUAUGCACUUGUCUUCUUCUGGUGACGGGAGUUCAACGGGCCAACGGGCGUACAAUGGGACUUGAAAUGUGUUUCCCUUUGCCUCGUGAUUGUUUAGGGAUAGAGGGCGCGUUACUUUGAAAUAAAAAGCAUGGAUGGCAUCGAACUGGACAGCCCUUUCUUCGCGUGUGCGGGACAGUACUCAUGUCGAAAAGAAAAGACUGAAAAAAAUCAUCUCUAAUGGACUUCUAUAUAUCUGCACAAAAAAAACAACGAGUACCCCCGACAAUCA